CCCACCUACCUCACAAAGUGUCUGUAGUGGGGUGAGGAAGGGAAAGGAGCAUGUAAGCCACCUUGAGUCUCCUUACAGGAGAGAAAGGGGGGGACAUGAAUCCAUUCUUCUUCUUUAUCCAGAAAGUAGCCUUGCCCGUACCCCUUCAGUACUCUGUACCUAUUCAGUGGCUAUGUUUGAGAGAGACAAGGGAAUACACUGGAUUUUCAAAACCACUAUUCCAGCAUUUGAGCAAUAUCUAAUCACAUUUAAAAGGUUCUGAAUUGCUCAGUGCAAAUGAAAGCAGUUGCGCCAAAAUUUAUGUUUGGGCCCACUCUUAACUUGAUAUACGGCACACCAAGGGCGUGGGCUGCGUGCAACGGCUUCUCAGUAUUUUUGACAAAACUCGUGGCUGCACUGCAACCCUUGUGCACCACAGUUUGCCACAGAACAAUUUGCCUUUGCGAGGAUGUGAUUUUUAUUUAAACGCAUGGGAAAGGGUAUCCAAAUCUCACUCGCAGUUGUCUACUCUGAGCAAGGCCCUCUGAACAGGGCAGCUGAGAUUCUAGAAGGUGGUCAUUGUCAAGGGGGAUCCCAUUAUGAGAAGGGUUCUGGAACCUCUGAACCAAUCACAGUUUUUUUCCCCAAGGGGAGGGUUAAGUGGAAAGCCCGGCCGCUCUUUCUUCUGCCCUCCCCCCACCUCGAAAAAAAAAUGGACGAUGCCUCUGCUUCAGCGGGGUACUCCCACUGCCACAUGGAGAGGAAGAUGAGUGCCAUGGCUUGUACGGUCUUCAACGAGCUGCGGCUGGAAGGGAAACUCUGCGACGUGAUCAUCAAAGUCAACGGCUGCGAGUUCAACGCCCACAAGAACAUCCUCUGCAGCUGCAGCUCCUAUUUUCGAGCUCUCUUUACCAGUAGCUGGAACAAUACAGAGAAGAGGGUUUAUAAUAUCCCUGGCAUCACUCCAGACAUGAUGAAGCUCAUAAUUGAGUAUGCCUACACAAGGACAGUGCCUAUCACCGUGGAUAACGUGGAGAGGCUCUUCGUGGCCGCUGACCAGUUCAACGUGAUGGGCAUCGUCAGGGCUUGUUCCGACUUCAUGAAAAGCCAGCUGUGCCUGGAGAAUUGUAUCGGCAUCUGUAAGUUCACGGAAUACUACUACUGCCCCGAUCUGCGGCAGACAGCCUACAUGUUCAUCCUGCACAACUUCGAGGAGAUGGUGAAAGCGUCAACUGAAUUCCUGGAGCUCUCGGUCAGUGAGUUUCAAGACAUCAUUGAGAAGGACGAACUCAACGUGAAGCAGGAAGACGCGGUUUUCGAAGCCAUCCUCAAGUGGAUCACUCACGAUCCCCAGAACAGGAAACAGCACAUGGCAUUUCUACUACCCAAGGUCCGCCUGGCUUUGAUGCAUGCCGAAUAUUUCAUGAACAAUGUCAAAAUGCACGACUACGUGAAAGACAGCGAGGAGUGCAAACCUAUCAUCAUUGAUGCCCUGAAAGCCAUGUACGACCUCAAUAUGAAUGGCCCGUCGAGUUCCGACUUCACCAACCCACUGACGAGGCCCCGACUGCCGUACGCCAUCUUGUUCGCCAUCGGCGGUUGGAGUGGUGGGAGCCCCACAAAUGCCAUUGAAACGUACGACGCCCGUGCUGACCGCUGGGUGAACGUCACGUGUCAGCAGGAGAGUCCCCGAGCGUACCAUGGCUCCGCCUACUUAAAGGGCUAUGUUUAUAUCAUCGGCGGCUUCGACAGCGUGGACUAUUUCAACAGCGUCAAAAGGUUUGAGCCUGUCAAGAAGACGUGGCACCAAGUGGCCCCCAUGCACUCCCGGCGCUGCUACGUGAGCGUCACCGUCCUCGACAACUUCAUCUACGCCAUGGGUGGCUUUGACGGCUACGUGCGUCUCAACACGGCCGAGAGGUACGAGCCCGAGACCAACCAGUGGACACUAAUUGCCCCCAUGCAUGAGCAGAGGAGCGAUGCAAGCGCCACCACCCUGUAUGGAAAGGUCUACAUCUGUGGUGGGUUCAACGGGAACGAGUGCCUGUUCACAGCCGAAGUGUACGACGCUAAAGUAGAUCAGUGGAGUUUGAUCGCGCCCAUGAGAAGCAGGCGAAGCGGCAUCGGCGUCAUUGCCUACGGAGAGCACGUCUACGCGGUGGGAGGAUUUGAUGGCGCCAACCGCCUUCGGAGCGCAGAAGCUUACAAUCCAAUCGCCAACACCUGGAGGACCAUCCCGACCAUGUUCAACCCCCGGAGCAAUUUUGGCAUCGAAGUGGUGGACGACCUGCUGUUCGUGGUGGGCGGAUUCAAUGGCUUCACGACGACAUUCAACGUUGAGUGUUACGAUGAGAAAACGGACGAGUGGUACGACGCCCACGACAUGAGCAUCUACCGCAGUGCUCUGAGCUGCUGCGUGGUGCCAGGGCUGCCCAACGUCGGAGAAUUCGCUGCCAGAAGGGACAAUUACGCGGGGUCAUCCCAAAGGGAUGAGGUCAAAUAUUCCUCAUCCACAAGCACACUACCGGUGUGAAAAGUUCUGCUUGACUUAAUAAAGCCCUCUAAGCAAGAACUGUACUCACAGGUGCAUUCUGCUUUUUUCCCCACCCCACUUUCCAAAUAUAACCCUGAGAGUGGCCCUCAUGAUGUGCACAAAAGGCAUAUGUCCUUCCCUCACCCCAGGACCUUGUUUAUUCGUUCUUUUCUCCUAUUUCCACAGAUAGCCCUAGAUCCAGGGGGAUCUAAAGGCGUUAAUGAAAUUGUGACAAGGAUUCAGAGCUAGGAUUACUUUGCGUCUGCUGUUGCAGUCCUGUUUCAAAAGGAAUGUUCUUGAGAUAUUCAGAAACACCAAUUGGUAUGCUAAGGCUGCUGUCUGAGAGGCAAAUGUUUCUUGUAAAUCAAUCUUGCUAUGUGUAUAUAUACACCAGAGGAUAUCACUGUUCUUCUGGUCUUUCUGAUGAAGAACCCUGUAUGAGUAGUAAGCUUGUUCAAUCCUGCAUUGAAAGAAGUGGAUCCAAUAAAACUUCACUCAUCCAGA